AUGAAACCUAAAUUAUCUACAACACAGUAUGCAAUAUUAAAAUUGCAAACUAUCGCUGUUAACGACAUAUACGAUAAAUACAAGAGAUAUGAAUCAUAUAAAGGUUAUGGACUAGGAGGAUAUGGAGGUUCUGGAUUAGGAGGAUAUGGUGGUUAUGGUCUCGGAGGAUAUGGUGAUCACGGUCUCGUAGGAGGAUAUGGUUUAGGACAUCAAGGAAUCGGUUACGACAAACUUAGAUCAAAGAUUGUUUUGAAAGUUAAGGCAAAACUUAAAGGAUUUAGACCUCAUAGAUAUGAUAGAUAUGGACACAGACCUUAUGGUGGAUAUGGAGGUUAUUCUCCAUAUAAUGAUUAUUAUGGAUACAGACCUUAUGGAUAUGAUAGAUACGGAUACGAUGAUUAUAAAGUUAAAAAAUAA